GAUCGAAUCGCUGUAGUUCAUCACAAUCCGUUUCGGCGAGUCGUCAAUAGUAUAAUAUUACCCGCGAUACCAUAACUGACAAAUUGUUAUUGUGAUUGUUAUUAUUAAUCGACAACUACGACGAUGAUGAGCUCUUCAAUGACCGGUCAGAGUGGCGGUAGUGGCGGCGGCUUGCAGAAAUCGUCAGCCGGAGGUCCGAUGUCGUCGACGCAACAGUCGGCGGGUGACAAGUUGGUGGCAGUGUCGUCGGGUUAUGGCACGUACAACAGGCGAGGUACAAUGGAUCGUCGUCGUCGGACCGACUACCGUGGCGGAGAUCAUCACGACGACGACGACGACGGCGACGACGAUGACGACCGAUUGUCCGAACUAUCCGACUCAGGACACUUUCUGGCCAAAGGUGCGUUUCUUAUCACGCCCAGCAACGAGCUGAACCUGGAAAAAGCGACGGCCAUAUGCGAGAAGAUGAACUACAGAGGACCGUACUCGGUGACUAAGACGGCCACGGGAAUUCUGUUUAAGUUUGCCGAACAAGACGACUAUCACGUGACUUUCCGCAAGGGAUUUCACAAGGUGACAAACUCGAGGUUCUACAAGAAGAUUCCUAUACCGUGCAGACCACAAAAAACAUUUUCAGUUUUGGUUUAUGAGAUCCCUGAAGAUAUUCCCGAUGAAGACAUUCGCCAUUCGUUGUAUAAAUUUCAAACGGUCGUCGAGGUCGUUAGACUUUAUCAUGCAGGGUACCGCCAUGCGCCCUUGACCGUGGCGGACGGUAAGAACUCGGCUACGUCGCAGACAGCUGUUGAACAGCAACAGCAACAGCUCCUGCAGGCCGGACCGGCGUCGUCGCUGGCGGCGGCGGGCGGGUCCGCGUCUGCCAACACGCAACAACUCCACCCCGCGCCGCCCGUGGUGCGCGUCACGCUGGCGUCCGUCGAGGAGUGCAACGUGCUGCUGCACAACGGCUUGGACUUUUACGGGGCCACUUUCUUCCCGGUGGAGGCCGCCUCGCCCGUUGUACCGAAAAAGAAAUCGUUGCCGCCAAACAGCCGUCUGAUGGAUUUAGUGACGACCAGUGGUCACCGUAUACGCGACCUGUUACCUGUCUUCGACUCUGCAGGAUUUACGAAAAUUCCGCCACCGGCCAGCAAAGUGGUCAAGCCGCACUAGUCGACGACGACGACGAUCUUCCUAGUCCGGUCUAUUAUACGAUUUAUAAGCACACGCGCGUGUGAAUAUUCAUAUAUUAUUUAUAUAUAUUAUAAACAUACAUGAUUUUCAUUUCAAUUUUAACAAACAAAAACUUCGCAUCAUUUUACCUGCAAAACCAUUACAAUAUUAAAUCGCAUUUUCUAAUAACACGCAACGUUUAGUAUAUAUCAUAAUGCAUAACAUUAUCGUAGUAUAACGGUUAGAUGGAUAUAUUAUUAUUAUUAUCAUUAUUAUAAACAUUCUUUUUUUCGUGUAUUAUUAUUACUAUCAUAUUUUUUUAAUCCAAUAAAAAGUUCAUUCGAAACGA